UCAUUCAUGAUCUAAAGAGAGUUGCUUUUUGUUUCCCCUUAUUUGUCAGUCAGGUAUAAUUUAAAUAAUCAAAUCAAGCAUUAAGCGCAUCUUCACCGUCUCACACAGUGAUCCGAGGAGAGGAUCAAUCGUGGUAUUUCUUCCGGGUUGAGGAAAUCAAGGGAGGGAUGAGCAGAGAUGCUGCUAGUGUUUGCUCUGCACACCAGCAGCCAGCCGGGCUUCUCUCUCCCAGUCAGACAGACAGCGGCAGAGGCAGCACGUCCACACGGGAGAGAGACAGCAGCGCUCACGGCGCAGCACAGGCACUGAAGACUGAAUCGGCACUCGCAUUCCCAGCCUCCUCAAAUGGAUUUAAUUAUGCUGUAGCGAUUUUUGAGUCUGGACUGCGUCCCUUUAGAUCAGAAAAAAAAAAAAAAAAAAAAAGAGCCGCGCGCAGAGCGGCUGGAUUUUUAGGUGCCUGGUUCGUCUCGACCGCUCUGAGGGAGCCGCUCUCCCCACAUCGUUAGCUCGCUAAGCUAGCUAGCCCGCUAACUUAGCGGCGAUACUUUGUGUCGUAUCAACGUCAGUUUUCUGCCUCGGAGCUAGCCUGCGGUCUUUUGCGCCACGGCGGCAGCUUGACGUGACCCGUCACCGCAGGAGCAUGUUUGAGUGACACGUAAAAGAGGAAGUGGGAUCCCUGAGGCUCCGGCCCUCUCUGCCGGUGGAGCGCCCUGCACAUCUGGCCAGAGGCUCUCGAGUCACUAGGACAGGAUGCGAAGGUUUGCUUACUGUAAGGUGGUUUUAGCCACCUCUCUGGUCUGGGUGAUGCUGGACAUGUUCAUUCUGCUCUACUUCAGCGAGUGCAACAAGUGCGAUGACAAAAAGGAGAGAGGACUGCCUGGGAGAGAUGAUGGCCUGUCCAGACCGCGGGACGGGCCUGGUGAAGGCGGGAAGCCGGUGGUGAUCCCUAAAGAGAACCAGGAGAAAAUGAAGGAAAUGUUUAAGAUCAACCAGUUCAACCUCAUGGCUUCUGAGAUGAUCGCUCUCAACCGCUCACUGCCUGAUGUUCGUCUGGAGGGGUGCAAGAACAAGCUAUACCCUGAUAAUCUUCCUCGCACCAGCGUGGUGAUUGUAUUUCACAAUGAGGCUUGGAGUACACUGCUGCGAACCGUCCACUCAGUUAUUGAUCGGUCUCCACACACACUGCUGGAGGAGAUUGUCCUGGUGGACGAUGCCAGCGAGAGAGAUUUUCUGAAACGGCCGCUGGAGCAGUACGUCAGAAAGUUAGAAGUGCCUGUCAGAGUGGUGAGGAUGGAGCAGCGGUCCGGACUCAUCCGCGCUCGCCUCAAAGGGGCUUCCAUCUCUACCGGCCAGGUCAUCACCUUCCUGGAUGCUCAUUGUGAGUGCACCACAGGGUGGCUAGAGCCUCUGCUGGCCCGCAUCAAACAGGACAAGAAAACGGUUGUGUGCCCCAUCAUCGACGUCAUCAGCGACGACACGUUCGAGUACAUGGCGGGGUCCGACAUGACGUACGGAGGCUUCAACUGGAAGCUCAACUUCCGCUGGUACCCCGUACCCCAGAGAGAGAUGGACCGCCGCAAAGGAGACCGCACGCUACCCGUCAGGACUCCCACCAUGGCAGGCGGCUUGUUCUCCAUAGACAGGGAUUAUUUUCAGGAGAUCGGCACGUAUGACGCAGGCAUGGACAUCUGGGGCGGAGAAAACCUGGAAAUCUCUUUCAGAAUCUGGCAGUGCGGAGGGACUCUGGAGAUCGUCACAUGCUCUCACGUGGGCCACGUGUUCAGAAAGGCAACGCCCUACACCUUCCCCGGAGGAACGGGGCAGAUCAUCAACAAGAACAACCGCCGCCUGGCAGAGGUCUGGAUGGAUGAGUUCAAGAACUUCUUCUACAUCAUUUCUCCCGGUGUGACCAAGGUGGACUACGGCGACAUCUCAACUCGCACUGCUCUGAGACAAAAGCUUCAGUGUAAACCCUUCAGCUGGUAUUUGGAGAACGUCUACCCCGACUCCCAGAUCCCCCGGCACUAUUACUCGCUGGGAGAGAUCCGUAACGUGGAGACCAACCAGUGCCUGGACAACAUGGCCCGAAAGGAAAAUGAGAAGGUUGGCAUUUUCAACUGCCACGGCAUGGGAGGCAACCAGGUUUUCUCCUACACAGCCAACAAGGAGAUCCGGACGGACGACUUGUGUUUAGACGUCUCCAAGCUGAACGGACCCGUCAUGAUGCUCAAGUGUCAUCACCUUAAGGGCAACCAGCUGUGGGAAUACGAUCCUGUGAAGCUGACCCUGGUCCACGUCAACAGCAACCAGUGCCUGGACAAGGCCAGCGAGGAGGACAGCCAGGUGCCCAGUGUCAGAGACUGCACUCACUCACGUUCCCAACAGUGGCUGCUGCGCAACGUCACACUACCCGAGGUCUUCUGACCGCACUCCGCACACUCCCAAACGUACACUCCCACACGCACACACACAGCGGCCCAGAGCGAGCGGUCAGACGAGCGGCCAUGUUUUAUUCAACUCGGGCACGAGGACAGAGACUUCCCCGGAGGGGAUUCAGGAGGACGGAUGGGACGGUACUACCUCUGCCAGAGAUCAGAGGACGGAGAGUCUUCAAGCUUCCUCCGAGCGAACAGAGAGGACUGUAGAGACUCCCUCUAAAAGACCAUAUCUGUUGGUUUGCAUUAGUUUUUUUUUAAAGAAGAGAUUUUAAGAGUGACUGGCUCUAGAACCGUGGAGUCGAGGUUCUGCACACAGCUUCCCCUCAGCUCAUCACUUAACGUUUACUGACUGCCUGCGAUCAGUGUGCGUGUGUGUGUGCGUGCGCGCGCGCGCGUGCGUGCGUGUGCGUGCGUGCGUGCGUGUGUGUGUGUGUGUGCGUGCGUGUGCGUGCACUUAUCUGUCUGUUUGACCCGAGAUGAAUGUCUGCUUUUAGAAGGAGGGGCCUGAACAUUUGAUUUUUGUUUUGUUCCUGUUUGUUUUUUUUUUUAAUUUAAUUUUAUAACGGACAUUGAACGUGAACUCUUAUGAAGAAGGAUGCAUGUUUGACUGCGUGCGUGUGUGUGUGUGUGUGUCUGUGUGAGAGAGAGAGAGAGAGAGAUUACGUCUUGUGUGUGUGGACGUGUCAAAACCCCUCCCUGCAGUCUUGCAGCAGUGUAUGUCCCCCUCUGGUGUUACAUCUCGAUAUCUCAUCUUACAGACUGAAGCAUCCAAGCUGAGGAUUUUCCAAGGGAGGGAACAAAACAAAAAAAACAACAAAAAAAAGAGAGAGAGAGCGAAAACUCAACCCGACGUCUGCCAACAGCAGAAAUGUAGAGAUAUAGAAAUAUGUUUGUGAUAUCUUCAGAUUUCUAUGUCCAGUUUUUACAUGCCUUGUCUGUUUCUACUUAUGUCAGUAACUUUUAGUUUUUCUUCAAGGAUGUUCAACGUACAGCCAACGCACUCGCAAAAAACACAUCAACAAGCUACUUUAUAUUUAUCUGAUGCCUUCUUCCUCCGGUAGUGUUUAACCAUCAGAAACUCCUACAAGACACUACAAAGCCACACACACGCUGUAAAAGGUAGUUCACACAGGUGCAUCGCAGUAAAUAACAAUAUCUUUAAAUAUAUUUUAGUAAUUCAGUUUAAAAAAAUGAAACUCCGUCAGCGUAGAUUCCUUUACCGUGUUGAUCAAAUCAAAUAUUACUUUUGAUACUUCAGGCUUACGGCGAUUAAAACCCCAAAGUCUCUGGAAAUUAAAAUAUUAUGUCGAACCAAAAAAAGCAGAUUUUUACAGCAGAGCUUCUUGAAAAUCAUGCAUCAAUGCAGCGUAGCACGGAGGCAGCCAGCCUGUAAACGAGUUCAACAGGUCGCUCCACCGGCAGCUCUCAUCUCACCAACGUUUCUCAUCUUCUUGAUAAAUCUCCACAUGUUGCUGAUGACCAAGUCCUGCUGUAAAAUGACAUUAACCUUUUCAAUGGGAAGCUUGAUGGGCUCUAAAAGUUUCUAACAGACAGCUGUGCUGACUGUAGACUUGGAGCAAAGGACUAACACCAGCAGUGCUGCUGCUUGUGGAAACUUCCCACUGGGCCUUAAGCAGCUUGGAUUCUGAUCACUCUGAUUCCUAAAAGAAAUCUAAACUUUUAUUUAAUCUGAGAAGAGGGCUUUGGUCCACUCCUCAGAGUUCCUGAUCAGCUCAUGUCCUGUAGAGACUCUCACAAAAACAUUAUAGGUUUUACUUCAUAGUCUUUUUAAGCCCGAGAUUCCCUUGUUUUUCUGGUACUCUUUUCCUUCCACUAACCUUUCCAUUAACAUGCUUGGAUACAUAUCUCUGAACAAGCAGCUUGUUUUGUGGCACAUCCAUAUGGAGUCUUUCAGCGUCGCUCUGCUGGACAACAAUCCAGUCAGCGGUCUUCCCUAUGUUGUUGGUUUGACGUAAUAUUACAAUCUUUUUGGAAACUGAAUUUUUGGGGGGGAUUUCAUUAGCUGAACAUCGUGAUCAUGAAAACAAAAAGUGAGAAUCACUGUGUGUAACAAGUUUCGAGUUACUGAAAUAAAUCGACUAUUUAUUGCCGAUCUUGUUUGUUGAGACGCAAACGUCUUUCCCACGUCGACCCUUUUUCAGAAAAUAGACUCCAAGAGCUUCCAUUCUGCUGUGGAGGGUGUUGGAUGCAUCUGUGCAGGUGUGACUGUGCUUCUCUUCAGUACCUCUCCCGGUUUGUCAGCUCCACGUUUACUAGGUCAAACUUGGUUUUUUUGGAAGAACCCAUACAGCUGAGCAACGAUCAGCACGUCUCAUGUCUGCAUAUUCAUUUUUUACAGCAGUCCAGCUGCUAUUAACGUAAGCAGCGUUUAUUUGGUGUUUUAGAAAAAUGAAGCGCUGAUGAAAUAACAGUGGCGCGACAAGGAGGAGCAGACAAUAUAUCUGAAUUCAUAAUCAUCCUUUUUUUUUAUUUGUUUUGCAAGUUUACCGGCAGUAUUUCUACAUUCAUAUUUCAGCCUCAGACAACUGAAUCAUGUCAUUAUCAUUUCAGCCAUCAUACUGUGGGUUUUUUUUGUGUUGUUUUUGUUGUGUUGUCACUCCUGCUGCUGCACGUCAGAGCUGGAGUAGUUUUGUAAAAGUUUGAAACAUUUCAGCUUCCUCCAGUGGAGGAAGGGUUUACACAGCAGAGAGAGAGAGAGAGAGAGAGGAGGCCAUCGACUGGACUUUCAUAUCUGAGCCUCAGAGUGACUGUGACGAUGUCUUUGAUAGUGAGACAGAGGGAGUGUAUCAUUUGUUCCCAUGUCAGAGAGGGGGGGGACAGGGAAGAGAGCGCGGGGUUAAAAAGAACUGACAUGUCCAGGAUUCCACACUGAGCUGAUCCAAAUGUAGAAAAUAAAGGUGAAAAGGUUUACAGAAGAA